AUGGCCAGGGUGCCGGCGGGGGCAGAGGGCGAAGCGCCCUCCUCGCCCCCAGGAACCCCUGCCUCAGUUCGGAGCCCCCUCAGUGCGGCGCCCCCUGGCGGGCUCAGGGAAAGGCCCGAGUCCAGAGGAGGCUGCCGGACUAGAGACCCUCAGCCCAGGCAAACGGGGCACUCCUGGGCGCGCAGAGACGCCGCCUGGCCUGCCUGUCUGCGGGCCGUGCGUCCCGCGCCUCGGUUUCCCUGGCAGCUGCCGCCUGCUCUGCCACCACCUCCGCCGCCUACUUCCGGCAGCUCUUCCUCUCCACCUCCACCCAGCCCAGCCCGCGCAUGCGCCCCGCCCUUACCGCGUCGCCCUGGGCUCUUCCCUCGGCUCCGCCUCUCAAGAACCAAGCCAGGCAGAAGCUUUCUGCUGUUGCUCGCCCCAAGCAGCCGUAGAAAACAAAUACAGAUUUUGGUGGUGCUGGACCAAGCAUCUCAACACGUGGAAGAGGCAGUGGAACUGGACAGUAGGGAGAGGACGGGUGACAAGGGGCCCCCUGGGAAAGCUGGGCCUCCGGGACCUAAGGGAGAACCUGGCAAAGCGGGGCCAGAUGGGCCGGACGGGAAGCCUGGGAUUGAUGGUCUAACUGGAGCCAAGGGGGAGCCUGGCCCCAUGGGGAUCCCUGGAGUCAAGGGCCAGCCCGGCCUCCCAGGUCCCCCUGGCCUGCCAGGCCCUGGCUUUGCUGGACCUCCUGGACCACCUGGACCUGUUGGGCUCCCUGGUGAGAUUGGAAUCACAGGCCCCAAGGGGGAUCCUGGACCAGAGGGGCCACCAGGGCCCCCGGGGCCACCUGGCAAACCGGGCCGCCCAGGAACCAUCCAGGGUCUGGAAGGCAGUGCGGAUUUCUUGUGUCCAACCAACUGUCCGGCGGGUGUGAAAGGCCCCCCAGGGCUGCAGGGAGUGAAGGGGCAUCCUGGCAAACGCGGGGUUCUGGGAGAUUCUGGCCGCCAGGGGAGGCCCGGUCCCAAGGGAGACGUGGGUGCCUCUGGAGAGCAAGGCAUCCCUGGACCACCGGGUCCCCAGGGCAUCAGGGGCUACCCAGGCAUGGAGGGACCCAAAGGAGAGACGGGUCCUCGUGGGUACAAAGGCAUGGUGGGCUCCAUUGGUGCUGCUGGGUCACCAGGUGAGGAAGGUCCACGGGGGCCGCCAGGCCGAGCCGGGGAGAAGGGCGAUGUGGGCAGCCAAGGUGUUCGAGGACCCCAGGGAAUAACAGGCCCGAAGGGAGCAACCGGCCCCCCAGGCAUCGACGGCAAGGAUGGGACCCCAGGCACACCUGGCAUGAAGGGCAGUGCAGGACAGGCGGGGCGGCCAGGAAACCAAGGCCACCAGGGCCUAGCGGGUGUGCCGGGCCAGCCUGGGACAAAAGGAGGCCCUGGAGACAAGGGGGAGCCAGGCCAGCAGGGCCUCCCUGGAUUCUCUGGUCCUCCUGGGAAGGAGGGAGAGCCAGGACCUCAAGGAGAAAUCGGACCCCGAGGCAUCAUGGGGCAGAAGCAAGGAGUCCGCGGAGAACCCGGCUACCCGGGCCCCAGCGGGGAUGCGGGCGCCCCGGGGGUGCAGGGCUACCCCGGGCCCCCCGGCCCUCGAGGACUAGCUGGAGACCGAGGCGUGCCGGGACUGCCGGGGAGACAGGGCGUGGCGGGCCGAGAUGCCAGUGACCAGCACAUCGUGGCGGUGAUGAUGAAGAUGAUGCAAGAGCAACUGGCAGAGGUCGCUGUGAGUGCCAAGAGGGAGGCCCUGGGUGCGGUCGGGAUGAUGGGUCCCCCAGGACCCCCUGGGCCUCCUGGGUACCCAGGCAAGCAGGGACCCCACGGGCACCCUGGCCCUCGGGGUGUCCCUGGCAUCGUGGGAGCCGUGGGUCAGAUUGGCAAUACAGGGCCCAAGGGAAAACGCGGCGAGAAGGGUGACCGGGGAGAGAUGGGACGUGGGCAUCCCGGGAUGCCUGGGCCCCCGGGGAUCCCAGGACUCCCUGGCCGGCCUGGCCAAGCAAUCAACGGCAAAGAUGGAGCUCGGGGAUCCCCAGGGGCCCCGGGAGAAGCAGGCCGACCAGGCCUGCCAGGCCCCAUGGGGCUGCCAGGCUUCUGUGAGCCUGCGGCCUGCCUUGGAGCCUCGGCCUAUGCCUCUGCACGCCUCACAGAACCUGGAUCCAUCAAAGGGCCAUGA